UGCUUCUACGUAUUUACAUGCUAUCGAGAGGCGGUUUCGCAAUCUAUAUCAGCUUUAUGGCUGCGACUGCCAUUUAUUGAGCAUUUGUUUCGAGUAGCGCACUAUGCUGGGUUUGGACUUGGACGCAAUCUUACUUUUCUAUUUUAUGAUUUUAUUUGCUGACCCUAUUCUUGCUGGCAGCAAGAAGAAAGAUCUGUCGCGCUUUACUCAGUCCUUGGAUCUGGUGAGCGUCCUGAAGAUGAGCUUGCGGAAAAACAACGACGAUUAUCAGGACAGCCAGCCUGACAACCCCGCAAUCGAUACUGUGGAACUCAUCAAUAUAAAUAGAGCGAAUGACAGUAAUCGCAUUGACUAUGCCAGACGUAGUAACCGAGAUGAUGCAAGUGACUCAAUUAUCGAUACAGUCAGGGUAUCAAUACUCAAAGAGAUCCGUGAAAACAAUCCGGAUGAAAAACAUUCUAAAUCAAAUUUUAUGAACUUACUAGAAAAGAUGAAAGCAGAAAAUGUUGACUCAAAUAAGAAACCAGAAGAAAUAGAAACUAAAUCAGAUGAAAAUCAAUCUAAAUCUUUUUCGAAGUCACUAAAUGAGACGCUUGACAUAAGAGUGAAAUUAGACGAUACAGAAAAAGAGCCGGAGCUGUCGACCGUCAAAGACCCGAUGUUGAAGGCGAUAGAACCCCACAGCUCCAUGAACAACACUCCGCCCGAAACCUCGCUCGCUCCGUACCUGCUAGGGAAGGAGACGACAGCGAGGCUGAAGUACAAACUACUGACCGUGAAGGGGGAGCGCGCUAUCCGGCGCGGCGCGGGCGCCGUGCCGCACUUCCUGCAGACGGAGCUGAGCGGGCGCGCCGUGCUGGUCGCGCCCGUGCACGUGGCCGGGCCCGUGCCCGACUUCAAGCUGCCCAAGAGCCGACGGCAGUACAGGGUGGACAGCGACGAUGAGAACGCGGAGGGUAACAGCGCGGUGAGCGGGGAUGACGACGCGCUGGUGCCCCGGUGACCCCAACCCUGGCCCAUAGAGCUAAGGGCCCUUUGACCCAUAGCUCCAAGACUGAGUGCCUACACUAUGAUUCCCCCUCAACCACACAGGUAAUAUCGUAGUGUCACAUCUUGUACUGUUUUGUGAAUAUAUUUUUGUUGA